CGCAUCAAGAUAAAUUAACCCGAUGAAAAUGAUUAAGGAAACAGCGACAGAUUAUAGUGUAAAACCGUAGAGAGGAAGGAGGGAGAAAAACACGAUGAAACUCGGCGAUUUAUCGAGGGAAUGUUGAUCAAGUUCAGUUUUCCAACAACCCACCUGUCGUCAUAAAAAUGCACGAGAUGAAGGAUGGCAUCCAAUUGUUCCUGCUCUUGGCUGCUCUCCUGUUCUGUACUUGGCCUUCUGAUAUUAUUGUCGGAAAGUUUGUCAAGACACUUCCUGCAAAGUCUCUUCUAAGGGCUUUAGAUACAGUAGUGCAUGGUUUCAUCGGAGCCUUCUCGUGGCAGCUGAUGUGCCUGCUCUGUCCUGCCUUGGAAUUCAACGUGAUAUAUCAAGUCUCUUGGUUGGUUUCAGGUCGUUCCUUCCUUGAUGGAAAGACCACUGCAUCCAUUCUCAACAGUGUGUUAAACUUUGGGCUGGCAUUUGCUUUGUCCUGUAUAAUAGAUGUUGAUCAUGUAUUCAAGGACUUGAUACAAACCAUACAGGGAGGAGCCAGAGCACCAUGGGAGAGAGGAGUGCUUCACCUGUCACUGCCGCCCCUUGUGAUUGUGCUGCUCCUUUAUGCCACAGCCAUGAUAUUCAAGCAACUCUGGUGUUUAAAGUGUGGAACUCUCAUUAUAGCUUGUGUUUUGAGUCAUCACAUACGAGAUGGAAUACGCCGUGGGCUGUGGUUUCAGCCCAUAGGCACGACUCCAGUCCUCCCGUACUGGUUGUAUGUUGUUGUAACAAUAUUACUACCUUUUGCAAUGGGAGCGUUGGCAUCAAAACUGUCUGCAUGGAUAACAGAUAGUAAAAGAUUUGUGCCUAAAACCUAUGUUAUAUGAUUUCAACUUUUAACAAAUAACUAUUUUUGUAUAUAUUUAUAUGUAAACAUAAACAUCAUUACACAUGAAAUAUUAUAUUUAUAUAUAAAUCUUAUAUAUGCAUUUAUUUAUUUAUUCUUUAAAUUAGGACUCAAGCACCUAUGUUACCAAAUACCUGAAAAUGCUAUGAAAAAAAAAAAAAAAAAAAA